AUGAAAGACAACACAAUAUCUAAGGAACUUAAUUCUGGAGAUGGGAAAAAUCGUUAUAAAUAUCAACCUUUUAACGUGCGCGUAAAAAGUAUCAAAAUUGAUAUAUCCCGCCGUGAUAAAAAUACUCAAGAAGACUCAGAGGAUCUUGGUUCAUUUUUUCAAGAAUCAUUGGAAUCAUGGAAAGAAUUUAAUUUGACAAGACAUUUUGCAAUUUUUGUUCACGAGGUGUCAGAAUAUUGUCAAUCAUUACCUCAAUUGUUAUAUCAUAAAGAAAAGAUUGUUGAGAUUCUGGAGAGAAAUCUUAAAGUUGAAGAUAGUUUGGCAUUGGAACCUUUAUUAGAUUUAGUAACAAAACUUGCUAGGGAUCUUGAAAUUGAAUUUUACUCGUAUUUUGAACGAAUAUUUGCAUGCAUCAUUCCUUUAACAAAGCAUCGAGACAUUAAAACUUUGGAAUGCACUUUCAAUUGCAUUGCUUAUUUAUUUAAAUAUCUAAUAAAACAAAUUAUUAAUGAUCUAUGUCCAACAUACCGCCUUAUAGCUCCAUUGCUUGGCAAAGAGUACCAGAAACCUUAUAUUCAACGGUUUGCUGCCGAAUCGUUUGCAUUUCUUUUACGCAAAGCUCGAGGAAAUAACCUUACAGAGAUCAUUAAUUACAUUAUCGCUUCAAUUUACGAAUCUCCGUCAGAAAUUUAUUGCAGAGGGUUGAGCAUGUUAUUUAGUGAGGCUGCUAAAGCUUCCGAAAACAAACUUCAUCCGAGGGGAUCAAUAUUAUUAAAAGAAUUAUUAUACACCUCGUAUUCAAAAUGUGAGAAAAUCAAUGAAAUUGAAACAUCUCCGUGUUAUCAUAUUCUUAAAGAAACCACAAUUGCACUUCUUCAUUAUAUCAAAUGCGAGAAUUUUGGUCUAAUAUUGGAUUUGUAUUUGCGGGAAAUUGAAAACGAGAUUCGUGAUAAUUUGAGUAAACUCGAUCUAAAUGAAAGUGAUUCAAUAUCAGAGACUUCCGUAUUAAAAAUUGGAUUGAAUUUAUCUUUGAUUUAUAUAUGUUUGGCUGUUCGGAAAGGAGAUCGAAUUAAUGAUUUCAAACGUAUUUUCAAGGUUGCGCAAAUUAUAGCUCCAUAUAUAUUUGUACCAGAAUUAUCUUUUCUUCGACAGUAUUUUUUCAAAAUGUGUGCUCCUUUGAUCACAUUGGCCAAUCUAGAUGAUAUUCUUGUUGGCGGAAAAGUCAUCUUGGAUAAAAUAUUCGAGUAUAAUGAUGUUGACCUUGUAUUAUCAUUCUCAUUAAAUCUAUCAAAUUUAAACUGGGAAGAUUUUACUAAAAUUAUGCUUCCAUACAUUAUAAGGUUUUCUACAACGCACUGGGAAAUAAAUAGUACGAAAUUGAUCCUCUUUUGCGCCAAUUUAUUUUCAACGAAUACUAUCUCAAUCUCUUCUGGGACUAUUUCUUCAUUUGUUACGAAAGAUGGAUUAAUAAAAUUUCCUAAUAUACAAAGGAAAUCUGAAGAAUCGAAAUCUAUAACGCAUCUGAGCAUUAUAGAUGGAUUAAUAGAUAUAUUUAAGCAGGACCGCGAUUGGUUUUCAGAUGCACAAAAAUUAAGUUGGAUUUACUUAAAUGAGGAGUUCAGUUUUAAUUCAGGGAUAACUUUAGUUUCAGCUGCUCUUACUGUUAUACCUCACUUGUUGACACAAACUGAUUCAGUUAUUGUUUCAUUAUCUUCAUUAAUAAAAUCAUUGUCACACUGUUUACAGUCAUCUAAAAUUCAAAUUUCACCGCUUACAAGGAGACCGUUUAUUGAUGGAUCACCGCUUUUCUUGAUACAAAAUUUAUUGGGCCAAGCAAUUGAAACAAUAACAAUAUUUGUGCGAACAAAUUGUGGAAAUGACGAAAAUGGAUUUAUGUUCGAAUUAUGGAGUUUGAUUGUUGAUGAGAUCUUGAUUCAAUAUGGAACAAACGAAAUGAUUUUGAGAGGAAUUGCAGGAUAUAUGGAACAUAUGAAAUCAUGCUAUAAACGUGGUGAUCUAUUUAGUACAAACAAUCUUAAAAAAAUUUAUCCUUAUCUAAAGUCAAAUUUUAGUUCAUUUAAACACCGUCGUCGAUUGUAUUCAUUUAUGAUUCUUAAACUUUUUGAUCAAUUUUAUCUCCGAUCUGAGGAGAAAUUUAAUGAUAAAGAACCUUGCGAGAUUUUUGCAAUAGCUUUAAAAGUUGAGGAAAUAAGUACAACAAUAUCAACAUAUCGUGAAAAAGCGAUGCAUCUACGGAAAUUGAAUGCUUUAAUAUCUUCAAAACGUGUACCCGAAUUUUAUUCUGAAGUUGUACCACUGUACUGUUUUGGUUUAUUGACUAUAAAUUUUAGUGCUAUAUGGACGGAUGCGAUAAAUGCCCUAGUAAAUUUUUCACAAGUUGAUUCUCAUACAUUUUGGAAUUUGAUUUAUAACGAACUUUCGCGAUUUGAGGAAGAAUCGAAAUUAGCAGAAAAUGGAUUCUCGAAAUAUACUCUUGAAGCGUAUUUUGACAAAUUAGAUAAAACGUUGAUUUCUUCAAAGAUUAAUGAUAAAUCUUUCGAAUGUCCCUACUUAAAUAAAUUUAAUAAAGUAGCUAACGAGUCAUUCAAGUUCUUUGAAAAUAAUGGUCAACCCAGUUUAUUAAUGCAUUACAUUUUGACGUGCGAUCCCCAAAACGAAAGGCUAGAUUAUUGGAAUUAUCAUGGACUUCUUAUAAAGACUCUUAUUGAAGUACCACAUAUUGCCGAACAGCAUUCUAAACAAUUUGUUCCCUUCUUCCUUAAUUCUGAAUAUGAUGAGGAAUUAUCGAAUAAAAUGGAUAUCGAUGAACAAAUUCUAGAGGAAAAGCUGCAAGUAUUAGGAAGUAAAUCCGAGAACGUUAUAGAAGAAGUAAAAGAGGAAAGAAUAAUUAUUCUUGAACCGUCUUCCAAGAUAAUAAAAACCAAAAUGUCGCUUUUCUUAAAACUUUUUUCUAAAUUUAAAAAUCCUCGAUCAGUUUAUAAGUCAACUGAAUUGCAAAAUAUUUACCUAGACUUGUUGACUAUUGGAGAUACCAAAACUCAAGCUCUUGCCUUGGAAUGUCUUUUUACUUGGAAAUAUAAGGGGGUUACUCCUUAUGAAGACAAUCUCCGUAAUUUUGUUAAUGAGGUUAAAUUUCGGGAUGAGUUAUCAACCUUUUCUUUAAAUAAGGAAAAUGGUUCCAUAGAAUUCUCACAUAGAGCUGAAUUAAUGCCUAUUGUUAUUCGACUUUUAUAUGGUCGAAUGAUAUCAAGAAAAGGUAAAUCAUCAUCAAGUUCUGGAAUGGGAACUCGUAGAGUUGCAGUAUUGGCUGCUUUAGUAAAUUGUUUAGAAUCCGAAUUAAAACUUUUGGUGGAUUUACUACUUGGCCCUUUUACCAUCAUUCGUAACUUACCAGGCGUAGUUGAUAAUGAGUUUCAGUUCGAACCAGAUUUAGAAGUAUGCAAGUUUGUGACAUACCGAAAACAACUUGGAUAUUUGAACUUUUUAGAAGAUAUGCUAAAACAAUUAGGAUUUUAUCUAUUGCCAUUCAUUCCUGAUAUGUUUAAAGUUGUUUUGUAUAUUGUUCAUGAUACUCAAAGAAAAUUGAUAUCACAAGAUCAGCGUCAAAACAUUUCAUCAGAUGAUAAUGAUAGGGAGAACGAUAACGUUGAAAUGAAAAUCGAGGAAAAUAAAGAAAAUAGUCAGAAAUUAAAAGUUAUCAGACAAUUAGGGCUGAAAAGAAUAGUUGGAUUUUUCAAAAUUCGUACAAGUUUUGACUAUCAACCUUAUAUUAAUUCUAUGUUCAAAUCCUUCUUGUCAAUUAAAGUUCCCAAAUUGGAUAUUGAAAGUACGCAAGCACCUUCAGCAAUAAUGGAAUUAUUUGCUGUAUGGGCCUUGCGUAAAGAGUACGUGCUAUUCUUGGUCAAUUACAAUAAGGAUGUUUUGCCUAAAAUUUUUGCGUGUUUGUCUGCGAAAAAAGUUUGUGAGCACGUAAUUUCAAAAGUUUUGGAUAUCGCUGAUAGUAUCUUAAAAUUAUGUGGAAAUGAAAUGGAUAUUGAUGAUGAAAUCCAAAAGGAUGAAAACUCUUUAAAAAAUCGAGUCCUAAGACCAUAUGUUUCAUCAUUACUAGAUAAUCUUGAAUAUGUGUUGUUGCAAUCUAGCGAAUCUACUUCUUUUGGAAAAGAUUACUUUUCUAAACGUGAAAUUGCAAUAUUAUCUCAGAUUGCAGGUUUUAUUGAAAAUGGUGAUCAAGCAAAAAAAUUGGUUGAUUUACUUCUUCCAUACCUUCGAAAGCGUUCACAAGUUGUUUCGGAAAAGACCAAAGCGGAUAUCUUACAUAUUGUUGCAAAUUUCUUACAUGUUAUUCCAGGAUUUCAACUUCGCAACGAAUUGUUUUAUAAAUAUUACAACUAUAUAUCGUAUGAAUUUUCAACACUUCAUUCCAGGGAUUGUCGUUUAUUUUUGGCAAAAAUAUAUACUGAAUUUUCCAAAUAUGAUGAAUCUUUGAAAGAAGUUGCUUCUAUAAUUGAAGAUCUUAAUGCGUUUUCAACAAAAAGGUUGGAUGAACCGGAUUUUGAUAGACGGUUAGAUGCAUUUAACCGAAUUAAUCAAAACUUGUAUAAGAAAUUUGACGCAGUACAAUGGCUGCCAAUAUUAUUUAAUUGCUUAUUCUUUAUUCAAGAUCCGGAAGAGCUUUCAAUCCGAAAUAAUUCGUCUUUUUGUAUUAUGAGAUUUAUUGAUCGUGUAAAGGAAAAUACUCAAAUUCAAGAGGAUUAUCAAAACCUUUUGAUUAAAGUCAUUAUCCCAGCAAUCAAAAGAGGAAUGAGAAUGUCUUUAGAAAUGGUACGGAUAGAAUUUCUUACAAUUUUAUCAUAUGCAAUGAAGAAAUGUCCGACAAUAGCUCAAUUUUCUGAUAUGGUCUGUUUGUUAUUUGAUGAUGAUGAGGCUAAUUUUUUCAAUAACAUUCAUCACAUUCAAAUUCAUCGUCGUAUCCGUGCACUUAAAAGAUUCUCUAAUGAGUGUGCAAAUGGGAAAAUAAAGAGUAACAAUUUAGCACAGAUAUUUAUGCCACUUAUUGGUCAUUUUAUUUUCGAGGCAGAUAGAGUGGCCGACCAUUUAUUAAUUAAUGAGACUAUUUCAACCAUUGGGAUUAUUGCGGGCCAACUUCCCUGGGGUCAAUACUAUACUCUUUUAAAACAAUACAUGAAGUUGAUUCCUAAGAAACCUAUGAUAGAAAAGGUCUUGGUUCGAACUGUUAUCUCUAUAUUGGACAAUUUUCAUUUUGACGUUUCAGAAGCCCAAAUCUCCGAGACUCAAAUAAUAAGUUCGCAAGAACCUGCUAUUCCAAAUGAGCAAUUAACAAAGGUAAUAGAGCGGAAUGAUUUGUGCAAUGAGGAAUCCGAUAAAAACAUAGUUGUUGAUGAUGAGGUUGAUGAAAACAUGAAUAUGUUAGUAGAAGAAUCUGAGGAAUCACACCUAUCUAAAGGUGAACAGUUUAGCGAUGAGGCAAAAAUAAAAUCUUUAGCAAAUCGUAUUCAUGAUAAAGUUGUUAAUAAUUUAAUUCCUGAUCUUAAGCAAUACCUAACUCAACAUGAUAAUGAAAGUGUCAUUAUUCGUGUUCCAAUCGCAUUGGCAAUUACCAAGCUUUUAAAAGCUUUGCCUGAGAAGUCACUUCGACUUAAUUUACCUGGAUUGCUUACUACUGUUUGUCAAAUUUUAAGAAGUCGUCAGCAAGAUGCUCGUGACACUACUAGAGAUACUCUUAGUAAAAUUUCAACUUUUCUUGGACCUUUAUACUUUUCUUUUAUAGUAAAGGAACUACGAGGUGCACUCACACGAGGAUAUCAGUUACAUAUUCUUGGAUUUACAGUGCAUACUCUUUUGGCCAAUUUGGUACCAAAUUUACAAGUUGGUGAUCUCGAUUAUUGCCUUCAACAUAUAACUAAAAUUAUCGUAAAUGAUAUAUUUGGUAAUGUUGGAGAAGAAAAAGAUGCGGAGGAGAUUACUGGAAAAAUCAAGGAAAUGAAAUCCACUAAAAGUUUUGGAACGUUCGAACUUCUUGCCAAAAUUAUUGAAUUUAAGAACAUUGGUAUCUUGCUUGUACCACUUAAAGAGAUUAUGCGUGAAACACAAAAUCCACAAGUCUUACGCAAGAUUGAUGAAAUAUUACGGAAAAUAUCAGUUGGUUUGAAUUCCAAUCCACAAUUCGACAUCAAAGAAAUGGUAACUUUUUGUCAAGGACUUAUUUUACAAAAUCUCAACAUGUUAAAGUCGGAAAAAAAACUUAAGCCUAAUAAAAGUGAUAUGGAGGCGAACUUUACAAUUCAGCUCAAGCGAGAUAUUUCAGAGCCCGUGGAUUAUUAUGACGCAAACUCUUAUCGAUUUGUGGAAUUUGGUUUAACAAUACUUUUGGCAGCAUUAAAACGUGAUAAAUUUGAUACCAAAUCCGAGGAACAACUUAAAUUAUUGGAACCGUUUGUUAAUACAAUUGGAAAUGCGUUAUAUUCAAAACAUUUAAAUAUCAAUAUACUUUCGUUAAAGAUUAUGUGCAUAAUUUGCAAACUUAAACUAAAAUCUUUAGACAAUGCUUUACCUGUAAUUGUAAAGCAGACUUUUUCAUUAAUAAGGACUUCAAAUACCACUAAUUCUGAAUUGGUCCAAGCGUGUUUCAAAUUACUUACCGUUAUAAUUCGCGAUUGUAAGCAUGUUGAUUUCAAGGAAAGUCAAUUAACUUUACUCAUUAAUCUUAUCCGUCCUGAUCUUGAGGAACCUCAACGUCAAGGAACGACAUUCUCAUUGAUACGUGCUAUCGUAUCGCGUAAAUUUGUAGUUCCUGAAAUGUACGAUUUAAUGCAAACUGUUGCCGAAAUAAUGGUUACUAGUCAAACAGAUUUAACGCGUGAUUUAUCGAGACAACUUCUACUUCAGUUUUUAUUGGAUUAUCCUCAAGGACGCGGUCGAUUGAAGAAUCAAUUGAAUUUUUUGAUCAAAAAUAUGAAUUAUAUAUUCGAAAGUGGACGACAAUCAGUAAUGGAAAUGUUGAAUUUAAUGUUUGCCAAAUUUAAUGAUGAUAUUUUAAUGGAAUAUGCAGAAAUGUUUUUCUUAUCAUUAGUAAUGUCAUUAGUGAAUGACGAUUCAAAUAAAUGUAGAGAAAUGGCUGGAGUAUUAAUUAAAAUUCUUUUGAAUAGAAUGGAUGAAGUAAGACUUAGAAAUGUAUAUGUCUUAUUAAAUAAGUGGUUUGAACAAAAUGAUAAAAGGAAUUUACAGAGAAUGGCAGUACAAGUCUAUGGUCUUGUAAUUGAAGUCUUUGGUGAUAAAUUUAAAAAACAUAUACCUGAAUUAUUGGAUAUCUUGGAGAAAGCUUUAAAUAUAAGUCAACAAGUUUCAGAACAAUUAAACCAACAUGCUAAUGAAGAUGAUCUUAUAACAACAAUAGAUAGUGUUGAUUGGGAAAUCGGAUAUUAUACUCUUAACACUUUCAUAAAAUUAGUUAAAAAUUUCCCUUCAGUUCUUUAUUCGGAUAAAUCAAAGAACAUUUGGGUAUUAAUAGAUCAUCAUUUACUUUUCCCUCAUAGCUGGAUAAGACUUUCAACAUGCAGAUUGUUAGGGUUGUAUUUUUCAAAUAUUAAUCCCGAGACUAAGAUUAUUAGUGUAAUCAAUGAACGUAAUGAAUAUUUAUCAAAAUCGGUGUUGAAAAAACUAGCAAAUAAAUUUUGUAUUCAAUUAAAGAGCGAACAUUUAGGAUCAGAACUUGCAACACAGAUUGUAAAGAAUUUAUUUUUUAUAGGAAAAAAUCUUUACUAUUUAACUUCUGAUGAAGAGAAUACAUUAGAAGAUGAUGUCGAAGAUGAGAAUAAUGAUCAAGACAAAGAAGAGAACUAUGAAAUGAACGGCAAUAAUGAAGAUGAAAAAAAACAAAAUAAAAUCAAAGCAAAUCAUUUGUUGAUUUGGUUAUUUAAGAAAUUAUCAUAUCAAGCUAGAUUUGCCCCAAUUAAAAGAGAAGACAAUGAUUUACAGGUAUGCUCAUUUGGGUCAUAA